AUGAUGAUGAUAUUUUUUGCGGGGAGUUCUUCACAACAGGCGUGCUCCAAGUCAUUGCCUUUUUUGCGGCGGGAUGGGGCUUCUGAACACGACAAACAGAGACAUGAGUCUUUACAGGAUCGACUGUCCAAACAUGGAAAGAAGACUCUAGCUGACAGCAAUAUAGAUGGCCAGGGUGUUCAUGAUGACAAGCUGCAACUUGGGGCAAAUGUUUUUGACAGCAGUCCAGAUGAUGCCUUGCAAAAGGCCCCUGGUUCUUCUGGGAGUUUUCAUGACAAGGCAGCGAGAGAUGGUAACAUUGCUGCUCAACAAUGUUCGGAGAAGAGCGCUAGCUUCAAUCAUAUGCUGGUUCAGAUAUAUCCAGUCACAAAUCGAGGAACCUUGAUCCCCAUCGAUGUAGGUUAAUCUGAGAUCUAAACGUUCUAAACCUAUCAGUAUGAUGGACGCCUCUCCUCCAUCAUUUCAUCUGCUUGAAGAAUUCGAUGACAAUAACAAUUUCAUUACCAACCCACACAAAUGCAGAGCUGCUGGCAUAUCUUGUGAUGGACAAACAUUUUAUGAUGAUCCCACUUGUUUGCCACAUCCGGAUGAGCAACAGAGAACAAUUUCUUCACCUCAAGCUCCCAACCAUAGCACAAGCCAGUCGAAGCACAUGUUUGACUCAAGCCCCGGUGAUGAAUCGCCUGACGCAAGCAUUAAUAUUGAUAAUCAACAGGACAACCCUGUUUUUGACAAAACACCUGAAGCAGGACUGAACGCAGCAGCUCCACUGGCAGCUACUGAUAUAAACGGUCGGUUAUUAGUGCUAAGCUCCCAAGAGUCACCCAUAACUCCUGAAGUUGAGAUUACUGGAGUGAAGAAUUUCAAUGUUUCUUGUAGCAAAAUGGCUAAGGAUGUUGAUAGUAUCUAUAAUGAGACAGGAAUUUCGUGUUUCACGAAGUGUCAAAGGAUUGGAUUUAAGCUUGGUAGUUCAUCAACAGGGAAGGAACCAAGGCGCCCCCGACGUAUAAUCCAGCCCAACUCUUACUACAGGAACUUUCAAAUCAAUCAUUGCAAUGUAAAAUUCAUUGUUACACCUGAAGAUUUACUAGCCUAUGACUGCAUCCUGUUCUACGCCUCUCACCAUGACUAUGCAAGCAAUGAAGUAAUCAAUUACGACAAUGUUCGUGUUUCUUACCAACAACUAGCGACCUUGAGACGGUCUAACAAAGUAUCAAUUGACAAAUUUGUCAUCAAUGCUUUAUGUCGGAAGUUAUUCAAGGAUAAACACCCUAAAGAUUCUCGCCGUCAUUUCUUCUUCUCAACAGUUGGUGAUUUUCUUAUGAAAAAUGAAUGGAACCAUUCUUUUCUAUAUGACAUUUGCAUGAAAUGUUUUAACCUUGCAAAUGGUUGUUUCAAAUUCGAAUCAUCAGACUAUAUGGUUACUUUAUUUUCCUUGACUCAUUCUUUGGUGAGGAUGAAUUAUACCAACAGAAUGUCAGGAGCAUUGUUAUACCGAAUUUCGUGAGAUCGUGGGAUCAAUUCAUUGGUGUAGAAUGGAAUUUUCAUGAGUUUGUCAUCCACAAUGCACCUGUCCCAAAGCGCGACUUAAUUUUUUUUUCUAAAUAUGAUGAUGGAAUUUUUGUGAUGAAAUAUUUGGAGUUGUGGGACCCACACAUCAACAUGAUACAAAAGUUUACUUCAAGCCACAUUCCAGAUAUCAGAGUGCAAUACAUGAACUCUAUGGUUUUCGGCCACCACAAAUGCAAUAAUGAUGCAAAGGAGAUGGUCAGCAAUCAUAAAGCAAUGGUGAGCUCCUUUAAUUUCUAUGUUAUUUUUUAUCAUAAUAGUCAGUUUUAUUUUAUGAAAUCAGUUUUUUUUAACUCAUGUAGCUGGAGCUGAAACGGAGAUCUGGAUUCCAGCCUGCUAGCUCUUUGCAGUUCUAGGACACGAGUGUUGUGUUUGUUUGAGUGUUGAGUGUGGGCGGUGAGGAGAGGUGGUGUGGUGGCGGGGUAGAAUAGGCUAGCAACCUUUUAUAUUUUUCUUUUAAAUGUAGAACUUUUAUGGUACAUUUGAUGUAUAACUUUUUUCUAUCCCCACGUUGCUGAACUUUUUGUCUCAUGAGAACUAUAUAAUAUGUCCUUUCAUUUAUUUCAUUCAUUUAAUUUUUUUAUUGUAGUAUAUUUUUUCUUGUUGUUCUUGUGUUUUUGAUAAGCUUAAUCAGGGGUAUAAAAGUUUCAAGAUAAUUUUGCAUAUAUUCUCCAACACAAAUACUACAGGUACAUUUAUUUUCCUUGUUCAGCAAAUUUUCUUUUAUUUUAUAUGUUCAGCAUAUAUUUUUGCAUGUUUAGACAAUUUUAACAUAUUCAGCAUAUAUAUGUUUAGACAGAUUGUAAACCACAAUUAGUGUUUUUUUUAUAUUCCAACUCUAGCACCAUCUUUUUUUGGGUGACAUUAUUUAUUUUGCUGAAACCUUUUAAUAGUGUUUAAUGAUUACUGUUUUUAUUCUAGCAGUGUUGGUUGCAGUGUCUAAGCUUGAAAUAUCUUUUUUAUUCUGAAAACCCAACUUUCAACAUAUAUUAGCCACCACUUAUUGUCACUUCUGCUAUAGGCUCACCUUUUCAACCAACCUUUCAGAACUUUCCAAAAUUAUAAAGUUUACAUAUAACUAUAUCUCACAACCUCGUAAGAAUGUCAACUGACCUAUGUAGCACAAGUGUUAUAGUUGAUUGUCUUUUUCGGUACACACAAUCAUCAGAAAAGAAAACAGUUACAAGUAAUGUCUUUUUGCUGCUUUUUGUCUCAACAUUACAUUCAUCAUGCAGUCUUUAAUAAAUAUUUUAACUCAAAUACAGUCUUUUUCAGCAUGAGUAAUCAUGAUCCUCCUUGCUGCCUGCCACCUACACAUAGAACACAAAGCAUAAUUUUAAAAUUAUUAUACACAUCAUUGUUUUAACACACAUUUUUCUACACUAUAAAAAACUUAGUAAUUUUUUCGCACCUGUGCUAUUUUGCAAUAACUGUGUUUUGUUGGCUGUUUUUUUUUUGCUGCUGCUUUCUUCUUUACAGACUCUACUCCUAGUUGCUUGCUGCAUGUUGCUUUGUUAUGAUCAUGAGAUCCAUAAGUGCUUCAUGUAAUUUGUUUCUUAGUCCGUACCAUCUCUCCAUAUGGAAUCAGCCUUAUACCUUUUUCAUAUUUUUUGGUCUGCCUUUUCUAGGUACAACAUCUUGAUUCUUUAAUAAAUUUGUGUAUUUGCUCAAGCCAGGGAAAUCAUUUUGCUGCGCUGUAGCCAUUGGCACUUCAUGAUCUGUUAUAUCCCUAGUACCAUUAAUUCUUUGUUCACCAUUAUAGAUCAUUGAUGUUGAUUCAUGUCUGUUAUUUCUUUGCUGCAAAUCUUCAUCGUUUGUGCAACCGUCCAUCUCACUUGCAUUUUGAUUUGUAGUCAUUUCAUGCUGCAGUCCAUUUCUGAUGUUACCAUUUUCUUCUCUGACUAGUAUCUUUCUCAAUUCAGAUUGGAUCCUUCGAAGUUCAGCUAGCAUGUAAUUUGUCCUUUCAAGAUUCAGGCAUCCUUUUGAGGCAACAUCAACAAAACAUUUUGAAGUAAGUUAUAUCUGAGAG